GUUAAUUCCGCACACAUCGUUUAACUAACCGGACCUGGCAAUAUAAGAUGAUUUACCGCACGAUAGUUCCACUCAGAAUAUGUUAUAAAUAUUUGUGAAAGAGAAAAUGUUUCUUUUUGUGAAUUUCACCGAAACGGAGUAUAUUUCGGGAUUCUGGAAACCAUUGGACCAUUUUCAUAGCCAGACAUAUACACGGCUCAACUGUUGAGAAGGUUUAUUGCGUAGAUAGGACGAGCCUUUAGACUGUCUACUCUUCUUCAGUGGAAAUUUGAGAAAACCCUGCCAUUGAAUAGGAAAUGAGGUAGAAUGCCUCUGUGCGAGGACGACUGUGUCGCCACCUACAAGAUUCUCAUUCUCGGAGACGCAAGCGUCGGAAAAACCGCUCUGCUCAGGCGCUUGGUUGGCUUGGACUUUAAAGAGCGUUUGCUACCAACGAUCGCCACAGAUUUUGUGCGCCAGAAGUUCGAGGUGGACGGGGCGCUAGUGGAGCUACAGAUAUGGGACACGGCGGGCCAGGAGAGGUUCCAUUCCGUCACCAGGUGGCAGUACAGAGGAGUCAAAGGCAUCGCUAUGGUGUAUGACGUCACGGACAAGAAGUCCUUCACGCACCUCUCAUACUGGAUGCACAGCGUGAAUCAGGAAAUCGCAUACAAACACAACAAAUAUGAGGCGGUACCUUUGGUGCUGCUAGGCAACAAGUGUGACCUUGACAACGAGAGACAGGUGGCUGCUAAAGACGGACAAAAGCUGGCUGAAAAGGAACUCGCCUUUGACUUCAUUGAGACAAGCGCGCGGACCGGUGAGAACGUCUUCCAAGCUUUCCGGAAGUUGGCCUACCAUGUGACCGAGAUUUGUAACCCGGAUGUCAUGAAAAGCUAUCACCCAAACAUGAUACGAGAACCAAAAUUUAAAGCCGUGUUUUGCGAAGACAUGCCGAUUUUACCAGUGAAAAAGAAAAAGCCAGAACCGGUAGUGAUUGCGGACAUGAAAAGAAAUCAAGUGACCAUAGAGUGGACUAGGUACGGCGAAACUCCUACACCCACAGUCAAGUUAAAACGCGACCGAUCAAAAAAGAAAAUAAAGUGUUGUUUAUAGUGCAUAUGUUGUACAAAGUUAGUUCGGAUGAUGUAUACUACUGGUGGAACGUACACGGUAGAGCGGCUUUAUCUGAUACUGCCUAUGGAAGUUUUUUUAUAUAGUAAAUAUACAAAGAACACAAAGACAAUAUUUCUUUUAAGACAGGUUAUGAACUGUUUAUGUCAUUUUACUGCCUGUUUUUAUGAAAUUAAAAUCAGGUUUCAGCUCAGUGUGUCCCUGAUUGUUUGUUUAUUCAGACAAGAGAAAAAAUAACUACAUGAACAAAUAGCUUCACUUGAUAUUGUUACUUUCUUUUCCACAUCGUUUAGUUUGUAUGCUUGUACUUUCGUAUGUGCAUAUAACCCAUUGUAGUCGUACUCGUACAUGUAAUUUAUUGUCAUGUGAUAAUAGUGAAUGCAUAGAUACGUAUAUUAAACUAUUGUUAUCUAAAAAUAUGACAUGCCCAUUAUCACUAGUAUAGCCGCAGCGUGCAUGUUGUUACAUCGUCCAUGUAUAUUAGUAUAUCAAGAUAUAAAUUAUCAGCACAACUUAA